AUGGCGACCGACAGCGCCCCGCAGAACGGCGCCACGCUGGCCUCCGCGGCUGCACCCCACAAGAAGCUCCAAGGACGCGAGUUCUACGAAAGCAUUGGGAGCCCAAAGUACAUUGUGGCUCCAAUGGUCGAUCGGUCUGAAUUUGCAUGGCGCAUGCUCACCCGAUCUUUCAUGCCCGCAGACGAGCCGAAACCUCUCCUCGCAUACUCACCCAUGUACCAUGCACGCCUGUUCGGUGAACAAGCCAAAUUGCGCACGCAACACUUCCAGCCCACUCGUGAGGCGAACGGCGACAUGAAGCGAAAGGACGAGCUGUUCCUCGACGGAAAUCCCAAAUUUGACCGUCCCCUUUUCGUCCAAUUCUGCGCAAACGAUCCCAAUGAAUUCCUAGAAGCAGCACGACAUGUGGCUCCUUACUGCGAUGCUGUUGACUUGAAUCUGGGUUGUCCGCAGGGAAUCGCGAGAAAGGGACACUACGGUGCUUUCCUCCAGGAAGACUGGGACCUUAUUUACAAACUCAUUAAUCGACUACACACGGAGCUUUCAGUCCCGAUCACCGCCAAGUUCCGCAUCCAGGAGACGAAGGAGAAGACUUUAGAAUACGCCAAGAUGAUCUUGUCUGCUGGUGCCAAUAUUAUCACCGUUCAUGGGCGCAGGCGAGAACAGAAGGGACACGAGACAGGAGUGGCGGACUGGAGCUACAUCCGGUAUCUGCGGGACAACUUGCCUCCCGAGACUGUCAUCUUCGCCAAUGGCAAUAUUUUGAACCACGACGAUAUUGAGCGCUGCUUGGAGGCAACUGGUGCCGACGGUGUGAUGAGUGCAGAGGGCAACCUUUCCGAUCCUACGAUUUUCAGCAAAGCUCCACCACCUGGCAGUGAAGGACGGGAAUACUGGCGUGGACGAGAUGGCAAGGGUGGUUAUCGAAUCGAUGCGAUCCUCCGAAGGUAUCUCGACAUUAUCUACGAACACGUCCUCGAGCAACCCGUUCCAGAACGGAAGCCACUCUACCUCCCAUCCGAUCCCGUUGACGAGGCACAAAAGGCAGAGGAAGAAGAGGAGGAAGUGGAAGACGGUCCGCCCAAGAAGAAGCAAAAGCGCGAGAGACUCAAGCGAAUCAAUUCCCCCAGCUUGGGUGUCAUGCAAGGCCACCUGUUCCAGGUUCUGCGGCCAAUGGUUGCUAGUCACACAAAUGUUCGCGAUGCGCUCGCUCGCUCGCGACCUGGAGAUAUGCCUGCUUUCGAGAACGUCCUCACUCUUGUGGAAAAGGCCGUCAAGUCCGGACUUCAGGAGUAUGAGGUGUCGCCCGAAAAAUUCGAGAGACAGCCCGAUGAAACUUUGACUGGGUCCAAGGCUACGAUUGCCGAGUACGGCCGACCUUUCUGGAUUUGCCAGCCGCAUGUUCGCCCUCUGCCUGAAGAAGCUCUGGAGAAUGGAGCUCUUACUGCGAAGGGGAAGAGCACUGUUCCGAAGGAGAAUGGGCAGAAGAAGCAGUCCACCGAGACUGAGAAACUUACUGCCGAAAGUGCCAGCUCUGCUCAGAAUGGCGAUGCUACGACUGGUGAGGCCACAAAUGGUGAUGCCACGAAUAGUGAUCGGGAUGUUGUAACUGGCACAGCAACCACGCCCGAUAAUCUGGUGAGUGGAUAG